AUUUGGAAACUUCAAUGUAGGCCUAAUUAGCCUUCAUUUUUGGGCCUGGCUCCAAAUGUGUUUUAUUUUUUUAUUCGUUUUACACCAUACCUGCUGGCUGCUCGCCAGUCCCAGCUCUCGGGCUGGUCUCAGAGAUGCGCAAUAAAAGCUGAAUUGGGCCGAGAGGAGGGGGGCGGGUACUUGGGGAGCCAGACGAUGAUGAUGCUGUGCACUGAAGGAGGAGGACCCUGUAUUCUCUCCGCCGGCGGGCAUCUGCUACAUCACCAGCCCAUGUGUUAAAUAUGUAACCACAUUUUAAGCUUAACACCAAAUCAUGCCCCUUGGAUAAUACUGCUGGUUUUUGCGCUCAGACCUGAAUUUUGGGUUAAUCUUUUUAGUAGAGUAAGCUAAUAUAUUCCGCCGGUAGACAGAUGGAGCACUGCGAGCAGAACGGAGACCCCCAGAUGGAGAACGAGCAGUGCAGCAGACUGGUGGAGGAGAGGGACGAGGCGGAGAGACAGCUCAAACACAUAAAGAGAGUGUCUCAGAUGGUGAUCGAGGAGGUGAACGUCCUGCAGACUCAGCUGGAGAUCGAGAAGUCAUGUAGGGAGAACGCAGAGGCCCUGGCCACAAAGCUGAACAGUGAGAACCGGAAGUUGAAGUAUCUAAGCCUAUCGUCUCGGACCAGUCUGGACGAGAUGCUGCCCAGCGUCACCCUGGAGGAGGUUUCAGACGCCUCCGACACCAGCCCAGACUCAUUCACCCACUACCAGCAACAGGUCAAAGAGCUUCGGGAGACAGUGAACACACUUCUGGAGGACAAGAAGGAGUCAGUCUGUCAGAUCCACGACCAGCAGAGACAGAUAGAGGAGCUCACUGCACAGUCAGAGAGAGAGCGGGCCGAGAUGAAAGAGCUUCGGGAAACUAUCGAGCAGCAGAGUAAAACCAUCAAGAGGUUCAACAGAGUGUCCAUGAUGGCGACCCAGGAGUACGGGGGCCUCAGAGACCAGCUGGAGCUGGAGCAGAGCCUCAGGGUGGAGGCGGAGACCUUCGCCCACGAGAUGCUGGUGAAGCAGAAGGAGGCCAACAGGCAGAGUGUGAUCCUGAUGCAGAAUGCAGAGCCCAGCAUGCAGCUGCUCAAGGCCCUGGAGGACAUCGCCACGGUUACGAAGACGCUGGAGGACGAGAGGCUGCAGCAUCAGCAGAAGGUGCAAGCGCUAGAGGCUGAGCUCCAGCAGAGUGCCCUGCAGGGGGAACUAGAGAGCCUGAGGAGGCAGGUGGACCUCCUGGACGAGGAGAGGAAGGAUGUGGAGGUUCGCCUGGAGCAGGAGAAGAAGGAGGUGCAGGGACGCCUGGAGCAUGCAGAGAAGAGGAGCCAGGAGCUGGAGGAGAGAGUACUGGAGCUGCAGGAGGCCCAGAAGACAGACGGCUCCUCCUCUGCUACCGUGGCAACCGGCGCCGGGGCCCCGCCCCCGCCACCUGGGGUCGCCCCUCCCCCGGCUCCCCCACCCCCACCCCCUCCUCCCCCUCCUCCCCCUCCACCGCCCCCGCCCCCUCCCCCCUCCCGCUGCAACCCCCUCAGCUCUCUGAUAGCAAUCAUGAGGAAAGGUUCAAAAAAUACCAAGGGAUCUCAGAAGGCUGAAGAGACUCCGGCUGCUGCGGGCGGUGAGGACGUGAAGUCGAAGGCCGUGAACGAGAUGAUGGAGAGGAUCAAACACGGAGUGGUGCUGCGGCCCGUCAAAUCCAAGGACAGCAAGAGGGCGGCAGUAAAACAGCCUCCGGUGUCUGAGGAGAGUGCCCUCGGAGCCAAACCCCAGGAGAGCGCCAUGGAAGAACUGAUGGGCAUUCUGGAGACGGUGAAGAGGAGCCCCAGCCGUGGGUCCCAGGAGCAGGCGGCCGCCGCGGCACCCCCUGCCCCGGCUCCUCCCCCUCUGGGGAAGAAGGACAGCGAGCUGGAGGUCAUCCUGAGACGCAGACGCAACCGAGCAGGAGAACCAGGAGGGGAGAAGGAGGGCCAGAUGGUGCACGUCUCCUCCUCUGACAGCCUGAACGGGCGGAGGACCAGCUCAGAUUCCUCUGGGAAGGAGCCCGACAGCGCCGGGGGUCUCGGGGCCCCCGCGGACCCCGCCGGCUCGCGGGUCAGCCCUGACGGACGGGGGUCCGGGCCAGGCCCCGUGGUGCCCCGGAGAAAGAGCUCCGACACCGGGAAGGAGCCCCGAGGAGCCUCCUGGCAGGAGAGGAGGUCGUGCACCUCCUUACCCGAGAAUGAGGCCCCGGAGUCGCCCGUCAGCAACGGCUGCACCGUCAGCGGAGGUGAAGAUGACGAGAAGAGCAAUGGAGGCGAUCACAACGGCUCUAGCGACAGUACACACCUUGCCACGCCUCCUUGUGCUCCAGCCAAUGGCAGCCCAGAAGCAGAGUGCUGAGUGGUCAACCCACCUGACCACUUCCCCCUAUAGGAGACACCUGAAGCUUCACCAUACCUACCCUUAAAGUAAACCGUUUGACAUGGCACAAGGCCUCCGUUGUCCUAUGCACACUGUGCUCUGUGUCGCUUUGUAACUUCAGAAAUAAUCUACUCUACUGCUUUGAGUUCCAGCCUCCUUACUUCUUCUUCCUCUUGCUCCUCUUCCUCUGCAUUACAUUUAGGGCUGCACAAUUAAUCAUGUAUAUCCGCUACUAUAUACACUUUGCAGUUUGCAAUCGUGUAAUUUCGCAAUACUGAAAUCUUGACUAGACUGAAUUAAAAACACUUAUUGUAGCUGAAUAAACACUUGCGUAUUAAGACGCUACAAGCCUAACACUAUGCCGGGAGUUCUGGGUUAAAUUUCCAUAAUUUGUUAUCAAGCGAAGAGACGCAGCCCUAGUUGUAGUAGACAUGCUUUUAUAGUUAUCGUGCUCUUUAAUUCCUGCACUCGUACUGAUUCUAAUGUGGGAAGGGUAUGUGCGCUCACAUUUCUACUGAGGUAUGCAACUUAUCGAUACAACAGCACAGCAGGGAUCUGUUUUUUUUCCUCAGUGCGCAAACGCAAGAACAGGCUGUUCCUAAUGCGUUUAGUUAGAGACUCUCUAAUGGCGCAAAGUUGUUAUAACGUCAACAAAUUACUGGUGAACUUGGUGAUGAUGUGGCAGCAGUGGCGAGAGAUCCAGGGGAUCUCCAGGGAGCUAGGUUUCCAUAGCAGCCCGAGUUAUUUAUGCAAUGCAAAACAUCCCCAAUAUGUCACUCCUUCAUAUACGUCCACGCCAGAACAUCCUCUCGUCUUUUGAAGGAACAUUUGGGGAAAUUCAGGUUUCGAAAGACAUCAUGGAAUCUUAACAAAUUGCAAAUCCGGUAUGCAGGGUUCCAGGGAUUAAAUGCCCGGACACGCUGUUGCACCGCUGAGAUCCCGUGACGUGGAAGGACCAAUGAGAAGCUGUGUGCGGUGACUCGGGUCAGGUUCACAUGACGUAGCAACCUCCUCGUUGGACUUCUGAGCUAAAAAAAAUCCCUUGUGUCGUCGUCACCCUCGAACAUCUCCUUCUGCAGGCUCCUUCACCGGUAUCGAGCCACGCUCCUCUGCAUGUCUCUGACACCUUGUGCAUUCCACCACUCCAUUAUUUCAGGCCUGGCUGUGUACAAUUUCUUUUGUUAGGGGGGGGGUGUAACUUUUUAACAAACUGUCUUAACUAGUAUGCAAUUGAAUUAUUCACAUUGGCACAUUUUUAUGGAUACAGUACUUUCACAUUUUGAUUAUUUGUUCAUUGAAAAAAUGUUUUUGUGUGGAAUUAAUGAAUUACAAUGAUGCUGAACGGAUGUUAAUAACUGGCUGCCUAUAGAGCCCACCUGAACCUCAGUAUGAACCACUGCUUCACUCCGCCAUCAACGGCCUUCCCCAGCGUCUUUCUGUGUAGUGAGCAGCAUAUCCAGGUCCGAUUGCGGCCUACUUGAAGCCUUGACGCAUCUAGCGUUUGUUUGGGACAUAUUAUAUCACCUGCAUCCCUAUCAGCUCACCGGGUUGUGUGACACGCGUGUUUGAGAUUUAAUAAAGGAGUGCUGAUAGUUUGUAUUCUAAAACAUGGAAGUUCAUUGGAGCACCAAGUGUAUUAAAUAAAAAAUAUAAACCAUCGACUUUCA